GCGCAUCGUAGACGAGAUCAUGCGUGAGCUGGCUGCGAGCGAGAGCCCCGUGGCGGUGGUGGAGGCGGCUGAACUGACGGCCCUUAUCUCCGCCUGCUACGCCAGCGCCGCCCACGACAAGAGGGACCGCCCGCCGCCCGCCGAUAACUUCCCUCACAUCAUUUAUCCAGGAACCAAGUGGUGCGGCACAGGCAACGUGGCAGAGGGGCUUGACGACCUCGGAACGCUGAAGGAGGUGGACGCUUGCUGCCGCGACCAUGACCUCUGCCCCGAUGACCUCGAGCCGGGCCAAAAGCGACACAACAUCACCAAUGAGUCUCCGUUUACCAUGAGUCACUGUGAUUGCAACGACAACUUCCGCAAAUGCCUCCACGACGUCGGCAGCGGGGAGGCAGACGAGGUCGGGUCCGCCUACUUCUCGACGGGUCUCUUCCAGUGCUACCGCCUCGCGAAGCCGACGGCGGGGUGCAAGCAGUGGGCCGGAUUGCUAACCCAAGCUUGUCAGGAAUAUAACUUCAACGAGGACGGAGAACCACGCUGGCAGGUGUUCGACAUGAAAUCAUUCUAAUUAACAAGCAAAAUCCACCACGCAGGUGAUCCCGACCGACACUUUGGAUCUGAGAACAUUUCACUGUGGUACACUACGCGAGAUUCCCCGGCAAAGAAAAUGAAGGUGUUAGGGCUUUACAGAAAAUGGAAUUUAGUAGGAGGAAAGAGAAACAAUAAUGUGUGUGUGUGUGUGUGUGUGUGUGUGUGUGUGUGUGUGUGUGUGUGUGUGUGUGUGUGUGUGUGUGUGUGUGUGUGAGAGAG